AUGGAAAGAAUUUGGCUGCAGAAGUCAAGGUUGAACUGGAAUCUUAAGGGUGAUAAAAUUACAAAAUUUUUCCACAUCAUAGCUACUAAUAGGCAAAACACCAAUGCCAUUGAUUCCAUGUCAGUGAAUGGGGAAUUAGUGAUGGAACCUUUGGAGGUUAAACAAGCUGUGUAUGAUCACUUCAAUUUAAUCUUUUCUGAGCAAUGGACGUAUAGACCUAAGCUUUUGGGCCCUUUUAAGGUGAUUACACAGAGCCAGCAUUUCAGAAGCUUGGAUGUGGAAUUUUCUAAACAUGGAAUUUGGGCAGCAAUGGCAGAUUGUGAUAAUGCUGCUCAAUCUGUAUUCCUAGGGGGUAGGAACAUCCUGGAUGGUGUACUAAUAGCUAAUGAGGUGGUGGAUUGGUGGAAAAAAUCAAGAAGAAAGGGCCUGAUUUUGAAGUUGGAUUUUCAAAAAGCAUAUGACACAGUCAAUUGGAACUAUCUCCUCCAAAUGCUAUCAAAUUUUGGCUUUGGCGAUAAGUGGGUGAAGCGGAUUCACACUUGUAUCUCCUCAGCAAGAAUAUCUGUGUUGGUUAAUGGUUCACCCACCCCUGAACUCUGCCCCCAAAAAGGGCUUAAGCAAGCUGAGUGGUCUGAAGUGCUAACUAUCAAGAGAAUUCUUAGAUGCUUUGAGAUCAUUUCUGGGUUAAAGAUCAACUUUCAAAAGAAUGGGGUCCGUGGAGUAGGGUUGUCAGAGGAGUGUGUGAAAAUUUUUGCCUCAAGGCUGAAUUGUACAUAUCAUAAGCUCCCUUUGAAGUACCUUGGUUUGCCAUUAGGGACAAACCCAUCUAGAAGGGUCACAUGGAAGCCUGUGGUGGACAAUUUCAAGAAGAAACUGUCAGGGUGGAAGAGGAGGCUGUUGUCUUUUACUGGCAGAGUAACACUAAUCAAAUCUGUCCUUUCCUCCCUACCUAUAUACUACAUGUCUCUUUUUAGGCUGCCUAGAGGUGUGGCAAAAGAACUGGACAAGAUUCAAGCAGCUUUUUUGUGGGGUGAUUCAGAUGUGAGAAGGAAAGUUCAUUUAGUAAAAUGGAAGGAGUUAACCAUGGAUAAGAAGCAAGGUGGGCUGGGAAUAAGAAACCUAAGUUCAUUGAAUAACCGCCUUCUUGCUAAGUGGUGGUGGAGAUUUGGGAAGGAAGACAGUUCAUUAUGGAAGCAGGUCAUAUGCAGCAAGUAUAAGCUAGAAGGGGGUAGAUGGUUCCCAUUCUAUGUGGAGGCAACAAAUAUUUCAAGAGUAUGGAGUGACAUUAUAUUUGUUGGUGAUUCUAAUAGCAGCUUGUUAAAUUAUUUUAUUGGAAAUGGAGAUGUUGAAAUCAAGAUUGGUUAUGGGGAAAGAAUCAGUUUCUGGGUUGAUAAUUGGAUGGGAACCAUGUGCUUGAAGUCCCAAUUCCCUAGACUUUAUUCUUUAUCAGAGGUUAGAGGUAUCACUUUGAAAUUGUAG